AUGGCAUCUGCAUGCAAAGAAUGGCAACCUGAACAUACACCAGAAGAAUAUGAAUAUGAGGAAGAAGAAGAAGAAAAAGAAGAAAAAGAAGAGGAAGAAGAAGAGGAGGAGGAAGAAGAAGAAGAAGAAGAAGGAGAGGAAAUAAAUGAAUUAAAUAAAUUAAAUGAAUUAAAUAAAGAAGAAGAAGGAGAAGAAGAAAAAGAAGAAAAAAAAAAAGAAGAAAAAGAAUUACCUGAUGAGCAUGGCUUAUAUUGGCAUGUUGAGGAUGAUGAUGAUGAUGAUGCAGCAGCAGCAGCAGCAGCAGCAGCAGCAGCAGCAGCAGAAGAGGAAGAAGAAGCAGCAGCAGCAGCAGAAGGAAUAGAAGAUGCAUAUAAUGAUGUAGAUGUAGCAGCAACAGCAGCAGCAGCGAAAGCAGAAACAGCAGCAACUGCAGCAACUGCAGCAACAGCAGAAGAAGAAGAAGAAGCUGGUGAUGGUGUUAAUACUGGUGCAGCAGCAGAAGCAGCAGCAGCAACAGCAGCAGCAGCAGCAGGAACACAAUUAACAUUUGGUAUAGGGACAACAACAUCACAAAAUGAAUUAUUAACAGAAAAAGAGGAAGAAGAUUGGGGCUAUCAGCAGCAUGCAGCAGCAGCAGCAGCAGCAGCAGCAACUGCAGCAACUGCAGCAGCAGCAGCAGCAGCAGCAGGUCAAGAAAGUGCAGCAACAGUAGCGGGAACAGCACAGGGGAAAUAUACCAACAUACGCAGAAAUAAGAAGAUCCGCUGCAAACCUCCUGUUGCUCCAUCUGCUGCUGCUGCUGCUGCUGCAGCUGCUGCUGCUGCUGCUGAUCCUUUUCAAUUAAUGGCGUUGACUGCAGCAGGAGAUGCAAGAGGUUAG